UUUGUGCUUCCUUCUAAAGAACUGAUUAUAGCAUCUGCCCUCCUGAGGGCCUUGUGAUGCUCCAGGUGUGUUUACAGGGCUCAGACUUGGCCCACUUGCGCUUGUAGGACUCAGGGGGCAGAAACCCCGGCCAUGCCCGCAGCCUUAAGGCUCCCCGGAGUCAGAUGCAUAUCCCACAUCUAGGCCCGGAGUAGGAGAGGAUGAAGCCCUCCAUGUGCUUCAGAUGCAGACCACACCCAAAGACAGGCGGGGGCAGCUCCCAGACCUUCUCUUCCUCUCCUCAGAGCCUAAUAUAGGGACAGAAAUCAGCCCGUCUCUGGAUCCCCGCUCAGCUACUGCAGCCUUGAAAAAACCUUAUCUACUUUCCGGGUCCAUAGCCAGAUAAAAAAACGGAACCGCACAACUCCUAUCCUCAACAGAGAGGAAAGAAGUGACACCGAGAGCUACCAAAUUCUUUUUUUCGGAGUUGCGGAGGAGUUCGUUACCAUGGCCACCGAGAAGCGCUCCUCCCCUUCCCCCGCCCCCGUCUGAAAAUCCGCCCCCUACCACGGAGCAGCUGGAAACUUCGAACUACAUUUCCCAGAGGGUACAGAGCCGCGCCGACUCUUGCGCCCAAACUCAACCCCCCAGAAUCCUCCUCUCGAGGCUGGUCCAGGCUAUCGGGGCUCGAGGGGCUAAACUAGCCGGCAAAGAAAGCUCGGCGUCUUCUUCGGGCCCUACCAUCUGUGACUUCGUAACCCAGGAUCGGACCCGGGGAAUAGCCGUUGGUACGCACCGUCUGGGGUCGGAGGCCUGCAUUUUCAAAACUCUGCCUUUUUCUAAGAGAGAGAACUACAAAAGAGGAGCGAAUGGCUACUUUGUCCCUGAUAACCAAAGCCCAGGAAUCAGUGACAUUCAAGGAUGUGGCUGUAAACUUCACCCAGGAGGAGUGGGGACAAUUGAACCCUGCUCAGAGGAACCUGUACAAGGAUGUGAUGCUGGAGAACUAUAGAAACCUCAUUUCAUUGGGAUUUCCUAUAUCUAAACCAGAUGUGAUCUUCAAAUUGGAGCAAGGAAAAGAGCCAUGGAUGUUCACUCUGCAGAAAGCCAAAGAGAGAGAGGUUCUAAAAAAUUCUUCUCCAGACUGGGAGAAUAGGCCUGAAACCCAACAAUCAACUCAAAAUGAGAACAUUGCUGAAGAAGCAGAAUCACCAAGGAUAUUAGUUCCUCUAGACCCUACAUUUGGAGAAAUUCUUCUGUCUGAGAGUAGAUUGGAGAAGCAUCAGGAAAACUCUGACAGGGGAAAAUGGGAAAAAUCCUUUUCCCAUAAGAAUACCUUCAAGCAGUUGUCAGUCAGUCUCCCAGAAAGCCCCAUUAAAGAAAGAGACCAUGAAUGUAAAGAAUGUGGAAAAAAAUUCUUUGACCGCCCAUCCCUUACCCGACAUCAGAGGAUUCAUAAGGGAGAGAAGCGCUAUAAAUGUAAUGAAUGUGGGAAAGCCUUCUCUAAACAUUCAUCUCUUACUGAACAUGACAGAAUUCAUACUGGAGAGAAACCCUAUGAAUGUGAUGAAUGUGGAAAGGCCUUCAGCUUAAAAAGUAACCUAACUCGACAUCAGCUAACACAUACUGGAGAGAAACCCUAUGAAUGUGACGAAUGUGGGAAGGCCUUUAGCCGUAGAAGUGGACUUAUGAGGCAUCACAUGACUCAUACUGGAGAAAGUCCCUAUAAAUGUUAUGAAUGUGGGAAAGCUUUCUUUAACCCUUCAUCUCUUACCGAACAUGAGAGAAUUCAUACUGGAGAAAAGCCCUAUGAAUGUGAUGAAUGUGGGAAAGCCUUCUCUAACCAGUCAUCUCUUACUGUACAUGAGAGAAUUCAUACUGGAGAAAAACCCUAUGAAUGUGAUGAAUGUGGGAAAGCCUUCUCUAUACAUUCAUCCCUUACUGUACAUCAGAGAAUUCAUACUGGAGAGAAGCCUUAUGAAUGUGAUGAAUGUGGGAAAGCCUUCUUUGACUGUUCAUCCCUUACUAGGCAUCAAAGAACUCAUACUGGAGAGAAACCCUAUUUAUGUAGUGUGUGUGGGAAAGUUUUCAGUAGCAAGGCAUCUGUCAUCCAACAUCAACGACGUUAUGCCAAAGAGUAAUGUAGGAAUGUAAUAAUUUAAGGAAAAUUUCCAUCAGAUCUAUCAUUCUGUUGACUCCCAAAAAGUCCAUGUGGGAAAACAGACCCCCACAGACAUUUUAAAAUGGUCUUAAACAAAUGGCUGGAGGAGUAGGAAAUAGGCAUUUAUUAAGGACAUACUUCAUGUCAGGCACUAUGCUAAGCAC